CUUCGGAUGCUCGGACCGGCAGUCCCAGGGAAAGCAGAGGCUGUUGCGACACCGAGAGCAUUCAGUUUCUUCAGGACUGCUUGUGAAUGGCGCGUGAGGUCCAAUGAUGCCCACGCUGAUCAGAAGUCUGGAAUUUCUCGCCCGGAAUGCCUCAGCUGACCCCAGCAGAAGCCAAGUCACAGGGGUGGCCCCGCACAUCUCCGUGAGUUGAUAUGCAAAAUAGUUACGUCAGCUGUGGGGGCGGGGCACCCCCGGUUGAGUGGCAGCAGCUCUUGCUUAGGGAGGAGGUGCUAGAAUCAGCCUGGUUCAGUGACUGAGACAAACCUGGAGGUGAGAGGAACUGGUGCUGUCCGCUGUGCUGUGGGUGCUGAACCUGGGAAGGGAGCAGAACAGUUGCUCAGGCAUCUCGAGGCAACGCCCUCUUGCACCCUCUGUGCCCUGCCGGACCGCUUCGCCAGCAGGACUAUAUCAACUUGACAAAGGAGUGUGGUAGCGGACGUGGGAGAGAGUCCUCUCUUUGCCACCUGGGCGCUCAUUCAGGCGUGACUUUGGAGAUUUCUAUAGUUUUAGACCAAACUAUUUUCAUCUUUUCCCAGCUAAGAGGAUCUUUUUAGUUUUUUUUAAUUAUUAUUUUUAUUGUGAUUUCUAUUUCCACACCUUUUAGGGAUCUUUCUGGGAGACUUUUUUUGACUGUUAAAAUAAGGUGAAAAGCAAAAAGGAUGUUUAAGUACUGGUCAGCUGUUUUGUUUCUUGGAUUCAUUUUUUUGGAGUCAGAAGGAAGGCCAAGCAAAGAAGUAGGAUAUGGCCUUAAGUCUUAUCAACCUCUGAUAAGACUGCGACACAAGCAGGAAAAAAGUCAAGAAAGUUCAAGAAUCAAAGGAUUCCAUAUUCAGGAAGGCCCUUUGGUAUCUUGCGAAAAUAAAUACUGUGGUUUGGGAAGGCACUGUGUUAUCAGCAGAGAGACAGGACAAGCAGAAUGUGCCUGCAUGAACCUUUGCAAACGGCACUACAAACCUGUGUGUGGAUCUGAUGGAGAAUUCUAUGCAAACCACUGUGAAGUGCACAGAGCUGCUUGCCUGAAGAAACAAAAGAUCACCAUUGUUCACAAUGAAGACUGCUUCUUCAAAGGAGAUAACUGCAAGGCCACUGAAUACAGCAAGAUGAAAAGCAUGCUUUUAGAUUUACAAAAGCAAAAAUAUAUUACGCGAGAAAAUGAAAACCCUAACGAUGAUGACAUAUCUCGGAAGAAGUUGUUGGUGGAUCAAAUGUUUAAAUAUUUUGAUGCUGACAGUAACGGACUUAUAGAUAUGAAUGAACUAACUCAGGUGAUAAAACAGGAAGAACUUGUCAAGGAUCAUUCAGAUUGUACUUUGUAUGAUCUACUGAAAUACGAUGAUUUUAACUCUGACAAGCACCUGGCUCUUGAAGAAUUUUAUAGACUAUUCCAGGUUAUCCAGUUGAGUCUGCCUGAAGAUCAGAAACUAAGCAUUACAGCGGCAACUGUGGGACAAAGUGCUGUUCUGAGCUGUGCAAUUCAGGGAGCCCUGCGACCUCCCAUCAUCUGGAAGAGGAACAAUAUUAUUCUAAAUAACUUAGAUUUGGAAGACAUCAAUGACUUUGGAGAUGAUGGAUCCUUGUAUAUUACUAAGGUUACCACAACUCACAUGGGCAAUUACACCUGCUAUGCAGAUGGCUAUGAACAAGUCUAUCAGACUCACAUCUUUCAAGUGAAUGUUCCUCCGGUGAUCCGGGUAUACCCAGAGAGUCAGGCCAGAGAGCCAGGGGUAACUGCAAGUCUGCGAUGCCAUGCAGAGGGCAUACCCAGCCCCCAGCUGGGCUGGCUGAAGAACGGAAUUGAUAUUACACCAAAGCUGUCCAAACAACUCACACUGCAAGCAAAUGGCAGUGAGGUUCACAUAAGCAAUGUGCGCUAUGAAGAUACCGGAGCAUACACUUGUAUUGCAAAGAAUGAAGCAGGAGUGGAUGAGGACAUCUCUUCUCUUUUUGUAGAAGAUUCUGCUAGAAAGACCUUAGCUAACAUAUUAUGGAGAGAAGAAGGUCUGGGAAUUGGAAACAUGUUCUAUGUUUUCUAUGAAGAUGGGAUCAAAGUGAUACAACCCAUAGAGUGUGAAUUUCAGAGGCACAUUAAGCCUAGUGAAAAGCUCCUUGGAUUUCAGGAUGAAGUCUGUCCCAAAGCUGAAGGAGAUGAAGUUCAGAAAUGUGUGUGGGCCUCGGCGGUUAAUGUCAAAGACAAGUUCAUUUAUGUUGCACAGCCAACCUUGGACAGAGUCCUAAUUGUUGAUGUGCAGUCCCAAAAGGUUGUGCAGGCAGUAAGCACAGACCCUGUCCCAGUUAAAUUACACUAUGACAGAUCCCACGAUCAGGUCUGGGUGCUAAGCUGGGGUACCUUGGAAAAGACUUCUCCAACACUUCAGGUAAUAACCCUGGCCAGUGGGAAUGUGCCUCACCACACCAUCCACACCCAGCCCGUGGGAAAGCAGUUUGACCGAGUGGACGACUUUUUCAUUCCCACUACCACACUCCUCAUCACCCACAUGAGGUUUGGAUUUAUCCUUCAUAAAGAUGAAGCUGCGCUACAAAAAAUUGACCUUGAGACCAUGUCAUACAUCAAGACAAUUAACUUGAAGAGUUAUAAGUGUGUUCCUCAAUCGCUGGCAUAUACACACCUGGGAGGAUACUACUUCGUUGGCUGCAAGCCAGACAGCACCGGAGCAAUUCCGCCGCAGCUCAUAGUGGACAGUGUAACCGACUCAGUCAUUGGAUUCAACAGUGAUGUGACGGGCACUCCCUAUGUGUCUCCAGAUGGACACUAUCUUGUCAGCAUUAAUGACGUGAAAGGUCUUGUGAGGGUCCAGUACAUUACCAUCAGAGGCGAAAUCCAGGAGGCUUUUGAUAUUCACACGAAUCUGCACUUAUCUGACCUGGCCUUUCAGCCGUCCUUUACGGAAGCCCAUCAGUACAACAUCUACGGGAGCUCCGGCACACAGACAGACGUCCUCUUUGUGGAGCUCUCCUCUGGAAAGGUCAAGAUGAUAAAGAGCCUUAAGGAGCCACUCAAGGCCGAAGAAUGGCCCUGGAACCGGAAGAACAGGCAAAUCCAGGACAGCGGCUUGUUUGGGCAAUACCUGAUGACACCUUCCAAGGACUCUCUCUUUAUACUAGAUGGACGACUCAAUAAGCUAAACUGUGAGAUCACUGAAGUUGGAAAAGGAAAUACAGUUAUUUGGGUUGGAGAUGCCUAGGAGCCCUAUUAGAUAAUUAUUGAAUGAAGAGUUUUCCAGUACAUUGCACUUCAGUCAUUGUUUAAAUUUACAGUUUAAUUUUUUCAAGUUUAUCUCCUACUCAUACUAAAGUUAACUUGAUUGUCCCAAAUAAAAUGGAUUUUUUUUUUUUUUGUCGGGGGAUACACAAUUAGUCAUAUCAGUUGAUUAGAAAUUUUUAACACAUUAUUUAAUAAGAAAAUAUAUUAAUCACAAGACUCAAAUCUAUAAUUAUGUUUUAAGCCAAAAAAAAUGGGAAUUUAACUACUUAAAAAAAUAACUCAACUGCAGGGAAUUUCAGAUGACUUUUAGCCCCAUUUUAUGUUAAGGGUGGUUUAUCUAUUGUUCUUCUGUCCUUUUUUGGUAUGCUUAUACCAGAAAUAAAAGGUAUUGGGGAAACUUAAAAUUCUUAAUUCAAAAUACUCUGUCCCAUUCACUGUUUAAAAUCUUUUGUGCCUUGAGGGAAUGUCACAAGAGGGAAAGGAAGGGUAAAAGCUGCAUACGGAACACUCAUCACUAUAAAUCUCUUGUCAUUAAAAGAGAAAUGUUUAACAUCUCUUGCACUAAAUUCUGCUUUCAGUUAUUUGUUUAAUGGAAUUUCAUUUGGAGGCAAAAGUCAGCCUUAGGUUCUAUACAGGUGACAAAACUCUAUUUGACACUCACUGUAUUAUCUGCAGCUUGCUAUGGAAAAUGGGGAAGGAA